AUGUGUGGCGCACCUAAAGCGGGUAGCGGUUUAGGUGGGCAGAAAGGCAUGGAUAAAGAUGGACACUCAGAAACUGCGGAGAGCGGCCACCGUGUCCGAGUCCGGCGGCCGGAGUUACAAAUGGCAGUGGAGGUGGAUGAUGGAUACUUGGAUAUUUCCAGCAUCCAGCCCGCUAGUCUGGAGCAUCAGAUCGAUAUUGGAUGGACGAUUUUCACUCCCCAACGGCGAAUUGUGGGUGUCUUGGUGCGAGGUAUCCCACGCCAUCUUGACGGAGGUCUUCCGGAAAAAUAG